AUGUUUUAAGAGAAAAAAAGAAACAAAAGGAGAAGGUCAAACCAGACAGGCCCAGAAGUCAAGACGGUGAUCGCCAGCUAGCCAAACCAAGAGCUGAGCUCUGUACCAAAAGCCAAAAUCAUCGAGUACUGCUUACGAGAGAAUCCGCGAAUCUUUUUCAUCUAAUCGGGGAAACAUUUAAAACCAUGUCUUAACUCUUAAUCAAUCAUGAAGCUGGGGUUUUCGCGUCACUUCAAUUUAGAUUUCAAGAACUGUCAUAAGGAUGUCAAGGCCUAUGUUACUUGUAUUUCUGUUGAUUAUACUGAUAAUUACCUCUCAAUUUGAAUGGAGACAACCGCUUGUUGCUGACGUUGAUAUGACACCAGCAGUGUCCCAAAAACAACAGAAAAUUUUGAAGAGGGAAGAAGCCGUAAAAGAGAAGAUCAUCUUGUUGCAAGAGAGACAUAUUCAGAGGCUUACAGAGCUCGUGCAGAGUCUCCAACGGCAGUUAUCGCUAUGCAGGGGCAAUAAUAAGAUGGUAAAUGAGACUAUAACUCAUUUAGCCCAUGAUAUUAUUGAGCUUGAGAGACAGCAGGUUGUGGAUGACUAGGCUAUAUACUUAAUUAGCAUCUGAUCAUGAAAGAAAAAUGUACUUUUGGCCAUUGUCACCAAAAUGUGCAGGUUGCCAAAACCAAUAAACAUGUGACAUAUAUACUUUGUCCAUAGGUUAGAGACUUUUGUUUUACAAAGCAGCAUUUUCUGUUUAUUUUUCUGGCAGGUUCUCCAUGUAAAGUUUGCAUCUCGUUCGAAUAGUAGUCAGGAGUAAGAAGUAUGGUAA